AUGGCGGAGGUCACGGAGCCAUACAACACUGCAAAGCGCGACUUCUUGGUGAAGAUCCAGGAGUCCUCUCAGAAGAAAUGGGAGGAGGCCAAGUUGUUCGAGGUAGACGCUCCGAGUGAGACAGUGGAGAAGUUCUUCGGGAACUUUCCCUACCCCUACAUGAAUGGGCUGCUCCACCUGGGCCAUGCCUUUUCUCUUUCCAAGUUGGAGUUCGCAUCAGCCUACCAUCGCUUGUCAGGGAAGAGGGUGCUCUUCCCCCAAGCCUUUCACCUGACCGGCAUGCCAAUCAAGGCCCCAACAGAGAGGGAUGACCCUUCCAAGUUCACAGGGAAGAAGAGCAAGGCCGCUGCCAAGACUGGGCCAGGCAACACUCAGUGGGAGAUCAUGCGGAUGAGCGGCAUCCCUGAGGAAGACAUCCCCAAGUUUGCGGAUGCCAAGCAUUGGCUGCAAUACUUCCCGCCCCUGGCUGUGCGAGACAUCAAGGCAAUGGGUUGUGGGGUCGACUGGCGCCGCAGUUUUGUCACUACGGACCUGAACAAGUACUACGACUCCUUCAUCCAGUGGCAGUUCUGGACCCUGUACAGCAAGGGCAAGAUCGUGAAGGACAAGCGCUACUCCGUGUACUCGCCCAAGGACGGCCAGCCCUGCGCCGACCAUGACCGCGCCACGGGCGAGGGCGUGGGUCCCCAGGAAUACACCCUGGUCAAGAUGAAGGUGCUAGAGCUGCGUGGAAUACUGGCAGCUCUGGAAGGUGCCUUCAAUGCUGUUGGCCAGGGAGAUGUGUUCCUGAUGGCGGCCACGCUGCGCCCAGAGACCAUGUAUGGCCAGACCAAUGCCUGGGUCCGGCCCAGCGACCCCAAGAACCCCGACUCUGAGGUCGGCAAGUAUGCCGCCUUCAGGGCCAAGAACGGCGAGAUCUUUGUCCUCACCGCUCGCGCCGCGCGCAACAUGUGCUUCCAGGACCUCACCCCCGAGAACGGUGUCGCUGAGAAGUUGCUGGACCUGGCGGGGGAGGACCUGCUGGGCUUGCCCCUCCGGAGCCCGCGGGCGACGCACGAGCGGAUCUACGUGCUGCCCCUCCUCACCAUCAAGAUGGACAAGGGUACCGGGGUGGUGACCAGCGUGCCCAGCGACUCGCCCGACGACUAUGCGGCGCUGCAGGAUCUGGUGAAGAAGCCCAAGCUGCGCGAGCUCUACUCCAUCACCGACGAGAUGGUGCUGCCCUACCAGGUCAUCCCCAUCAUCGAUAUUCCGGGCCUGGGUGACCUGGCGGCUGUCAAGCUGUGCACUGACCUGAAGGUCCAGAGCCAGAACGACACAGAGAAGCUAGCCAAGGCCAAAGCGGAGUGCUACCGCCGUGGCUUUGACUCUGGCGUCAUGCUGGUCGGCACCUACGCCGGCAAACCGGUGAAGGAGGCCAAGGACCUAGAGAAGGCAGACCUGAUCCGCGCCGGCGACGCCGUGCCAUACGCGGAGCCGGAGAACCCGGUGCGGUCGCGCUCCGACGACGACUGCGUGGUGGCCCUGACCGACCAGUGGUACAUCAUCUACGGCGAGGAGGAGUGGCGUGCCGCCGCGCAGUCCUGCCUGGAGCAGAUGCAUUGGUACGACGCCUCCGGCCCCUCGGGGGACAGCAUCACCAAGGGCCAGUUUGAGCACACCCUGGGCUGGCUGAACCAGUGGGCCUGCUCUCGCUCUUUUGGCCUGGGCACGCUGCUCCCCUGGGACCCAGAGUACCUCAUCGAGUCCCUCUCCGACUCCACCAUCUACAUGGCCUACUACACCGUGGCGCACCUCCUUCACGAGGGCGACAUGUAUGCUGUGAGGUCGGGACCCGUGGAUGUCAGGGACCUGACCAACGAGGUGUGGAACUACAUAUUCCUGGGCGGGGAGCUGCCGCGUGACACGCCCAUCCCCCGGGACCUGCUGGCGCGGGCACGCCGUGAGUUCGAGUUCUCGAACCACCUGACCUUUGCGCUGUACACGCACGUUGCGCUGUGGGGCCCCGACAAGUGGCCCCGCUCCUUCCGCUGCAACGGCCACCUGCAGCUGAACAACGCCAAGAUGAGCAAGUCCACGGGCAACUUCAAGACCAUGGAGCAGGCCAUCCUGGAGUACGGCGCCGACGCCAUGCGCAUCGGCCUCGCCAACGCCGGCGACACCAUGGACGACGCCAACUUCGAGCACGACACCGCCAACCAGGCCAUCCUCAAGCUCUACCGCCAGGUGGAGUGGGCAGAGGAGGUGCUGGCGGCGACGCAGGGCAUGCGCGACGGGCCGCCCGCCACCUUCUGGGACCGGGUUUUUGAGAACGAGAUCAACGCUGCCGUGCACCGCACCAAGGCCGCCUACGACGACAUGAACUUCAGGGACGUCGUGCUCGCAGGCUGGUAUGCCCUGUCCAAUGCCAGGGAUGCGUACCUGGUGGCCUGCGCCGUGGAGGGCCUCAACCGCGAGCUGAUCCUGCGCUUCGUGGAGGUGGCCGCGCUGUUGGUCGCGCCCAUCGCACCCCACACCAGCGAGUACAUCUGGGGCGAUGUGCUGAAGCGCGAGGGGCUGAUCCUGACCGCCGGCUGGCCGGCGGCGCCCCAGCCUGACUUUGUGCUGCAGGAGGCGUACCGGUACGUGGAGAAGAUGAAGAAACCCAUCAAGGACGGGUUCGAGAAGGCCGCCGGGGGCAGCGCUGGGAAGAAGGGGCAGCCGGCGGUGCCCGCCAGCCCCGUCGCCCACGCCCACAUCCACGUGGUCGACCGCUUUGGCGGCUGGAAGGCCAGGGCCCUGCAGGUGCUGGCGGGCCUGUACGACGCCUCCCUCCCUGACUGCUUCCCCGCCAAGCCCAACGAGACGGUGCUGAGCGCGGUGGCCGGUGAGCCCGAGCUGACGGCCCUGCCGCCCAAGCAGCUGCGCCCCACGGUCUUCCCCUUUGUGGCGUACAAGACGAAGCAGGCCAAGGAGGGGGGCAAGGAGGUCCUGUCCGUCAAGCUGCCCUUUGACGAGGCGCAGGUCCUGGAGGCCAGCACCGGCUACAUCCUCAGGGCCCUGCAAGAGCUCAAGGGCCUGCAGUCCAUCACCAUCCACAAGCUGGCCUUCGACGAGCUGGCCACUGCGGGCGACGAGCGCGUCCGUGCCGCUCUUCCGGGCGAGCCUGUCAUCGUGUUUACGGCGUAG